UACUAAAUUGCACAAUUUUCAGUACAAUCAAAAAUAAAUGUUAGUUUAUCAACGAUUUCUAAAACUGCAAAAUCGUUUCUUUAUUUUGCGAUGACCAUUCAUUAUACUUUUCAGGUUAACUUCUUAUUUUUUGUCAUUUCAGUAGUUUGAAUGACCAGGGUUAUUCGGUCAUUAGUUUCAUUUUCAAAAAUUUUAGUCAGUAGUUCUUACUUUACUUGUUAAAAUUUGUUAACCUAAAUUUGAAAUCGUUUAAUGUUUAAAAUUGAAAAAAUAUGCAAUUGAAAAUAUUCAAGAGAGGUAUAAGUUAUCAUAAAUUGGUAAGCUGGUAUUCUGGAUUAAUAAAGAAAAAUUCACCGGCUCCUCCUUAUAUUCACGUUACCCAAAUUGGUGAUCCUAUAUUGAGACAUGUAGCUGAGCCAGUUGCUACAGAAAUUUUGAAAACUCCAGAAAUUCAGAAUAUAAUAGCAUGCCUGAAAUAUACUUUGAAAAAGUAUAAGUCUGUUGGUUUAUCUGCUCCCCAAAUUGGAAGUGCUUAUAGAAUUUGUGUUGUACAGUUUUCCAAAGAACAUCUAAAUGCAUAUACUCAACAAGAACAAAAACAAAAGGAAAUGUAUGAACUCCCUCUAAUGGUUCUUGUAAACCCUGAAUUAAAAAUUACCAAUUUUAAUACAGUAACUUUUCCUGAGGCAUGUGAAAGUAUAAAGGGUUUCUGGUCUAAUGUUCCAAGGUUUAGAGCGGUUGAAGUAAAAGCUUUUGAUGAAAAUGGUGAACAAAUAAAUUUCAAAGUAAAUGGUUGGAAUGCAAGAAUUAUACAGCAUGAAGUAGAUCAUUUAAAUGGAAAAUUAUAUACUGAUAUUAUGGAUAGAAAAUCGCUUACAUGCAGCUGCUGGCAAGUUGUGAAUGAACGACGAGGAAAAAUUACUUUACCAUAUUUUCCCGAUUGAUUAAUUUUUUUUAUAUGCCUAUACAGUUACUAGUUUGAAAAUAUUACAGCAAUUCACAAUUUUAAAUUUCACUUUAACUGUAUGAUUUUUGUAAACUAAUUACAUUAUUAUAACUUCAUCUAUGGACUGAA